UCUUCCUCUCUUAGUGCUUUGCCGUCGCGUAAAUGCGUUGAACUCUGAGUGCUCUCUUUUGAGGUGUUUUUUGGUGACAUUUUUGUGGAGUGUCAUGUUGCUGGGCGCCGUGCCGGACGACCUGGUGGUACCGACCGCCAAGAGUCACAGGGCCACCGAUUUUUCCAUCGCGGCUAUCAUGGCGAGAGGCGUCGGUCCCGUCGACACCUUCGCCAGACCCUCCGACGUCACGAACGAUGGCGUGUCAUCGCAGGCGGGUUCCUCACCCGAGGACGAGGACACUCUCGACGACGACGAGAUCGAAGUCGACGUCGAAGAAUGUUCGGACGCCGAAUCGUCUAGGGCGGCCGCGACCAACAAAUCGAAACCGAAUCGGCAAUCUCCGUCGGUGUCGGAUUGCGGCUCGGAACAGGCCGAUGCGGAUCGGGACAGUCCGGACCUGUUGCACGACAAGCCGCCCACCCCAAAAAAGUUGAAGGUGCUCUGCAACAGCGAGGAAUUGCUCAACGUGGAAUGUCACCUGGAAACCAAAGACCUGUGGGACAAGUUUCACGACCUCGGCACCGAAAUGAUCAUCACCAAAACCGGAAGGCGGAUGUUUCCGACGCUGAGGGUAUCUUUCACUGGAAUAAGGCCGGACCGACGAUACGCCGUACUGUUGGACAUCGUCCCCGUGGACAGCAAAAGGUACCGGUACGCUUAUCAUAGGUCGUCGUGGCUUGUGGCCGGAAAAGCGGACCCUCCGGCACCGUGUAGGAUAUAUGCCCAUCCGGACUCACCAUUCUCUGGGGAACAGCUCCGAAAGCAAGUCGUUUCGUUCGAGAAAGUCAAGCUUACCAAUAACGAGAUGGAUAAAAAUGGACAGAUCGUCCUCAACUCGAUGCACAGGUAUCAGCCGCGGAUACACAUAAUAAAAUGGCGGGAAAACUCCGGUCCAGUCACCGAUCUGGAACAGGAACAGUACCGUACGUUCGUGUUUCCAGAGACGGUAUUCACCGCGGUGACUGCUUAUCAAAAUCAACUGAUCACCAAACUGAAAAUCGAUUCCAACCCAUUCGCAAAGGGUUUCAGAGACAGCUCGAGACUAACCGAUUUUGACAGGGAACCCAUGGACAGCCUCUUCAUGGACCAGCAGUUCCUGCGAUCCUCGUUGCGACUGUAUUCGGGAGGCGACUCCCUAGACGCGGAAAACAACAACGCAAAUUCCUUCUUCUCGGCCGCGAUGGUGGAGAAAGCCCGAGCCCAACUCCAGAUGUGGAACCGCGCUGGCGCUUACCACCCCAGCGAGCUCCACGCGUUCCUCCUCAACUCCUCCGGUCAACAGAUGUUCCUUGGACAGAGGUCGCCCGUUCCCCUGGGGUUGUCGACGCACUUGUGGUCUCAGGGAGGGUCCUCUUGGCAGAACCAUAUACACCAGGCGCUCGCCCCUGGACUUUUGGGACCGCCGCGACCUCAAAUGACUCCGCCGCCGUCCUCAACUCCGAGUUCCUCCGGCUCGCCGAGUCCAAACUCUGUCAACACGUCGACGGAGCUGCGCUUGCUCAAGCCGCUGUUUCCGUCAGCGUUGCACCACGGCGGCAGCAGGUUCAGCCCUUACGCGACGCCCAUGUCGAAAUCGGACGGGUCGACGACCUUGAGCCCGAGGCAGAGUCAUUGAUGCCGUUCUUAGGGUAGAAACGUUGUUGAGUUUUAUGUUUCCUAAACCAAAGAGUCUCGUGAGACGUUAAAGUGUAAUUCGGUUGGUUCGUGGUUCAGAUGUGGUAGUGGUGAUCUCGUAGUGUGAGGAAAGUGUGCUCGGCUAUCACCAAGUAGUGAGAAAAUGACGCAACGGCGGAAGGAAUUUUGGCGAAAAUAUGUUUGGUUCCUUUUGUAUUGGUCUUUCAUGAUCCCAGCUUCAAAAAAAUUUCUGAAAUAUUCUUGACUCCUUGUCUACUAGUCCUUUCCCAAUUGAAAAAGGUGGUGGUGGUAGAACUUUGUUCGAAAUAUGGACAGCUUCUUGUCUACCAGUUCCUCUCCAAUUCAAAGAGGAAUUACAGCCCUCAAAAUGGUACUUGGGUAAUGAGAAAACCUAAGCAAAAAUAAGUUUCGUCCGUUUUUCUAGUGCGCUUUUAAGGUUCCCAGAGAUUCUGGUGUGCCUUGGAUAACAACAAAAAUACAAAGUAUAGAAAGUCAAGAAGUAACCACUUGGUUAUCUGCUGGACCUUUACCAAUUCAAAGGGAAGUUAAUUGUUUCCAAUGGUUACCUGGGUAACACCAAUUAAUAAUAAAACAACGUAAGCAAGGGCAGAGCUAGGGGAAACUUUGGCAAAAAUAGGUUUGGUUCAUUUUACAGAAGAAAAAUCUGGACUCCAGAAUGCAAAUAAUUGAGUAACAGAAUUAAGGCAUUGGCCAAAAUAUCUUUAGCCACAAUUCAAACAUAUUUUUUUUAUUGCUCUUUUAAGGUCCCAGGAGAAAAAGGACGAUUCCAGUGUGCUUGAAGAACAAGUUAUGAUAAAAUUAAGGAAAUAGUAAAUAGUACAUUGAAAAUAAAUAUGUCUAGACUCCAGAUCAUGGGUACUCGAGCAACGCCAAACCUUGACAAACGAACGUAAGCAAAAGCAAAAUUAGAAAGAUCUUGGGUAAAAAUAUGGGUUCUUUUUCUGCUAGUCCCUCUUCAAUUCAAAAGGGAGCAGAAGUCCUGUAAAUAAUGACUAGAAACAACAACGACAACACAAGGUUCGGAAUUGUACAUGAGAGUAGAAAAGGCAGUAGAAGGAGUUCGAGACUUUGAUCUUUUUGUGACAGCAAAUACUGGCCAGACAUGCAUAGAUUAACU